GUUUCAGUCUGGAAAUUUCAGCAACAGAAAAAUGUCACUCCCUUCUCUGCUACUAAACCCACAAACCCCUAAAUCAAUAUCCCCUCUCUAUCACCAUCUCUCAACCCCUCCAAAUCUCUCCCCCAACAAAUUCUUAAAAUUCCCAAGAAAAUUUCACUCUCUUCAAUCAUCUUUGUCCACCCAAAACGACAACUAUGACUCUGCUCUCGAAGACCAUGUCAUCGGCGACUGUCUAGUCUUCGAAGACGGCGUUUUCGAAGACCCUUAUCUUCAAAACUCUUCCUUUUCCGAUGCAAAAAACUCCUCAAACGCCAAACCCAAAACCAAGAGCAAGAAAAAGAUUGUAACUGAAAUAAAAACAGAGAAUUUGGUUCCGGACAAAUGGAGAGAAGUGCAAGCGGAGAUUAACAUUACCAAGAAAGAAAAGCGAAAAAUCGCUCGAGAAAUGGAGUUUAAUAGUAAAGUUGAUAGGAGGAAGAAAGGGUAUCUUCCUAUUAGAAGUUUAAAUUUGGAGGAGUAUCAGGCUUAUCGAGAUGCUAAGUUAGUUCAGUUGAAGCCGCUUGUUCUUGAUGAUCCUUCGAGCUUUGAGGUAGCGAAAGGAGCGGGGGAUGGUGCGGAUAGGGAGGAAGGGAAUGAGAGUGAGAGUGGGAGUGAGAGUGAGGAGAAGAGGGAUGUGGAUGAGAGAUGUAGUGAGAGAGUGGCGCCCAAGAAUCCGAGAUGGGCGGUUUAUGGAAAGGGUUUUGAUGAUGUUACGGAGUUUUUUAAUAGUAGGCAGUAUGAGCCUGGUGUUAAGAACUCUGAAGGCCGUCGCAAGUUGUUUACAAAAGAGGACAAAGUUUUGCUUAAUAGGAAGAUACCUGAUGUCGGAGCUGCUACCUCAGGAAAAUGGCUACCUCUUCACUCGCUUGCUGCUUCUGGCGAAUUCUACCUUGUUGAUGCUUUGCUGAAACACAAUGUCGAUAUUAAUGCUGUAGCUGUGGAUGGUUUGACUGCCCUUCACAAAGCAAUAAUAUGCAAAAAGCAAGCAGUUACUGCCUAUCUUUUGAGAGAAUCGGCAAAUCCAUUUGUUCUAGAUUCAGACGGUGCUUCCUUAUUGCAUUAUGCUGUCCAAACGGCAUCUAUCCCUGCUAUUAAACUUCUUCUGUUAUAUAAUGUUGAUAUAAACCUUCAGGACAAUGAUGGAUGGACACCAUUGCAUGUUGCCGUACAAGCUCGAAGAACUGACGUACUAAAGCUAUUGCUAAUUAAAAGAGCUAAUAGGACGUUAAAAAACAAGGAUGGCUUAACCCCGCUUGAUCUUUGCCUCUAUUCUGGUAGAUACACAAGAACUUAUGAACUUAUUAAGCUGUUGAAGCAAUUUCCUAGGAAAGAAAUGUUAUCUCAUGAGGGUAUAGCUCAGUAACUGCUCCGACGAUGCAGUUAUAGAUUUUGCCAUCGUCCUGAUAACCGAAACCAUUGAAGGUUAUAAAAAUCUAACACUGAUCUGUCCACGCAUUAUUAAGCUGAUCGUACAUGGAUUUGCGCAAGGAAAGCAAGCAACGGUCUGAAAUGAUGAUGAGAGCUUUGUUACUACUUUGCGCUGUGAGCACAGACAGGUUUAAGAUAUUAUUUUGUAAUUAUUAUGUAUUUAUACAGAAUCAUGGGUGAUAAGGUUAUAGUGAUUUUAUUACUUAAAUUUAUUUUCUUCUAUAUUUUGUGGUUUAAAAAUGUAUCUCAUGUUUUUGUACUGGAGAAUUUGUAAUGUAAAAUUAUGAAUUUAACCCUUUUAA